GGCAGUAGUAGUGUUGCAGCAGCAGUAGUGUAGAGAACGCAGAAAUAAACAAAACACCGCCAGUCACGGGCUGAAUUCAUGACAAUUGCCUCAAAACUCCUGUGUGUCACCUAUUCGUGAGAGUUUCUAUGUUUUUCUUUGUGAUUUCCAUGUGUCGUGUCUCUCUGUUGGACAAGUGUUAGUUUUAGAAAUUUGGAAACGGUGAAUGGUAUAGCAACCCCAAGACUGCGUUGGGUCGGAUUGGUAAACUUCUGUAGUGUUCUUCCCUGAAGGCACAAGAGCACUCUGGCACAAGCAGAUCGACGCAGGAGGCUCGGGUUCUAACUAUUUGUGGUCCAACAACGCAUCUUGCCAAAAUGUUUGACGGUCGUUCCUCAUUUGACGUGGAACAGCCCUACCAGCCUGUCCCUUUAGUAAACAACCCAGCCUCGACAUGGCUUCAUACUCCUCCCAUGCAAAUGCCCUGGGGCAUACCAACUUCUGAUCAACCUUCAGUCAUGAGGUUUACUGGUGACACGUCAAUUACCCCAAUUGUUCCGACUGCACCAGCACCAGUGCCAGACAUCAAGAGUACUCAGUUUCAGAGUCUUUCUAAGACACAAUCCAAAAGAAAAAGUUGGGACUGUGAAAUUGAAUACAAUUGCCCUCCUCCAAAGCAGCUCAUUACAGAGGAGAAAAUGGCCGAAAACCUUAAUUGUUUACACAUCAGCAACAGCUAUGUCUCCCAUCAGAUUGGUAGUAAUCAACCCAUGUCAAUACAAUUGCCAAAAUCAACAUCAACCACCUCAACAGAAGUACUAGAUAUGUCAUCCUCAUCUUCAUCUUCAUCUUCUGUAGAAACAGCCCUUGACGGCAAAGACAGGACUGUAUCUUUAUGUGAGCAAUUAAGAAAACUUAUUUCAGAAUCAUCUGUUAUUCCAUCACCUCUACUGAAUAAAGUGGAGAGGCCAACCAAUGCUCUGGUACUAUGGAAGCCUCCAGGAGAGACCAUUUUCAAAAGCAUAGGUAAAACAUCACCCAAUGAAGACUUAGAGAACCAACUCAAACAACAGCAAGAUGAAGAGGCAAAGGCAAGCACUUCUGGUAUUGGUUUCUCUUCAAGGCCUUCAAGUCAGACAAGCUGGUCUGAUUUAAUGGACAAUAAUAAUUCAAACAGUGCUAUGGAUCUCAAUUUGCUUUCACCAGGAAGUUCUUCAUAUCAAUUGCUGCCAUCUGAGGUACCGCUCCCAGAUGAUGAUGCAAUGGAUUUACCAGAUGAUUCAUCAAUGGAUUAUUAAAAGCAUUUAGAUCUUUGCAUUUAAGUUGAACAUUCAUUUGCAGGAAAGAAGCAUGUACUAUUGUUAUUUAGUCACUACAUUAACUGUAAUUAUUGUCAGAUUUUCUUCUGUUAUUCUUCAGCUAUUUUUUUCCUCUUUUACCUAACUCAUUGUUUGUCUUCAUUUAAAAAAAAAAAAUUGGAAGUGCCAAGGAGUGUUAGAAAAUAAUUCAUUGUUAGGUACAUGUGUUUUUUUUCUUUUUUCUGUGAGUUGGAUUACACCAACACUCUUUAACUGACUAACUAUUAGUUUAUUAACCUUAACUUGGACUUGAAGGGAGUUGAGUAGCGCCAUGUUAUAGUACAAAUUUCUCACUCCUAGACUCACUUUCAAUGAUAUGUGGCAGUUGUUUGUCUUUGUAUUUAUAUAUUUGUGUGUGUGUAUGUGUGAAUGCAUUUGUAAUGAUACCAAUUGAUACGCCUGUCAUUACUUGGUAACCACAAGCAAAAUUUUCCAAUCAAAAUUAUCAAUAUACCAUGAUUUUUGUUUUUAAUUUAAUACUUCCAAAUUUCAUGUAAAUAUGUACAUAUUCAGAGCAUCACAUUUUUGAAACUGUUAUCAUACCAGCAUUAAUUAAUAUUUUGUCUGGGUAUGAUUCCAAUCACUGUAUCAAUUUAUUUCAAAUUGACUUGCGGACCAUGUCUGUCCACUGUUUAUGAGGUUGGCGCAGCUCCAGCCGGUAUGAAAGAUAAGUUUUACCCCCUCCUUGUAAUUUGAUAAUAAAUAAAGAGCUGUUUAAGAUUUA